AUGGGCGGCAAUGGGACGGUGGUCGGCGUCAAACGAGUCGAAGCAGGGAUGCCUUCUGAGGAGUGGGACGACUCCAUGCCACUCCCCGGUGACAUCGUCAAGGGGGUCGCCCCUGCCGACGACGACGACGACGAGGAGAGCCCCAUUUUUGCCUCCGCCAAGAGCCGGUCGGAGAUCAGCUCCGUUCUCGGUCGGCUGGGACGCCGGUCCGAGUCGGUCUGGAUCAAGGUCCAGAGAGGCAGCAGCCUGCUGGACCUUCGCGCCCGUGUCGUCCCCUACCGCGGCCACAAGCUCUAUCGCCGUUUCACCGUGAUGGCCGCCCGUGACGACCGCCACGUCGCGGUGCUCGGCGAUCUCACUCUGGAGCGGUGCGCGGAGCUUCAGGAAAUGAGCAGAACGGUGGUUAACGUGGAUGGCAUCGGGUUCAUCAGGAAGAAAAGCGUGAGCUACGACUGGAAGAAGAAGGUGGGAACCUACUUGCCGGACCGCCAUUCCACUCUGAUUAGCUCCAUCCUCUUCAUGCCUUUCCCCAGCGAGCGCAACUUCGAGGCCACCAUGACGCGAUCCAUGGCUUGGUUCUCAUCUGCCGUCUCCUCCGGAGCUCCUCUCGUCUUCGUCAACAUCCAAACAGAGCAAAUCCAAAAGGCUGCAUCUACUGACGGAGGCAAUUGCCAGAGUUCUUGGAAAGAAAUGAGUUGGCUCAAGCAGCAGAGUCCGAAGCAUACCUCCACGGUCGAGCUACUGCAAGCGAUCCGACUUUGGUUCCUGCCGGGCAUCGCGGAGGUGCCGGUGGUGCUUGCACCCGAGGAAGGUGAGAGAAGAUUCGGAAUGGACAUCAAGAGAACCGAGGAGGGCUUCAUCUGCAUAAGCUCCGUUUUCAAAGGCUCAGCAGCGGAUCGCGCCGGGCUCCGCAACCUCUGCGGUGAUGCCAGCAAGACAGGGCACCUGGUCAUCGUCUCUCGACUGCAAGGGAAAGGAGUCCUCCCCACCGAGGUCUCCUCCGACGGGCGCAUCGUGUGCUGCGAUCACACGAGCAUCAAAGAAAGGCUUGCGGCGGCCAUCGAGGAGAUGGAGGAGGUUCAUCUCCACAUCAUGAGGUGGCCCGACCAAAGGCCUUCCUCGAACAAUGUCGGUCCUGCAAUACUUGUACCGCCUGCAGAGAUCGAUGGAAGCACACUUGGCCACAAGCUUGGCGCGAAAUCUUCACAUAUUAUCAUGUAA